AAGGUGGCCUCCCAACUCAAAAUGAGAACCAGGCUCGUUCGUGCGACAGUCGCUGACUUUCUGGAAAUACCAGAACGAAAUACCAGAAUGAAAAUACCAGAACGGCGCGCGCGCUCGGGAAGCGGCGCAGGCGCGACUUGGCCACCUCUAGGCGACCCGCAAGGAAGGACCGCCUGCGACCUGAGGAAGAAAGCCCCUUGCGCCGGCCGGACGCUGUCUUCAACCGUGUCCCGCUUCUCCCGGCUCGCAGUCCGGCCGCCUGCAGGGGUCUCUUCCCACAAGGGCCCGGCACGGGCGCCCUCAUGGCCGAGGUGAAGGUGAAGGUGCAGCCGCCCGACGCGGAUCCAGUGGAAAUCGAAAACAGGAUUAUAGAAUUAUGUCACCAGUUCCCUCAUGGAAUCACAGACCAAGUAAUUCAGAAUGAAAUGCCGCAUAUAGAAGCCCAACAGCGGGCAGUGGCCAUCAAUAGACUGUUGUCCAUGGGUCAAUUGGAUCUCUUAAGGAGCAAUACAGGACUUCUGUAUAGAAUAAAGGAUUCUCAGAAUGCUGGUAAAAUGAAAGGAUCAGAUAACCAAGAAAAACUAGUGUAUCAGAUCAUAGAGGAUGCAGGAAAUAAAGGAAUAUGGAGCAGAGAUAUCCGAUACAAAAGCAACUUGCCAUUAACAGAAAUUAACAAAAUUCUAAAGAAUUUGGAAAGUAAAAAGCUUAUCAAAGCCGUUAAGUCUGUGGCAGCCUCAAAAAAGAAGGUGUAUAUGCUCUAUAACCUGCAGCCAGACCGCUCUGUGACAGGUGGGGCCUGGUACAGUGACCAGGAUUUUGAAUCUGAAUUUGUGGAGGUGCUUAACCAACAGUGUUUUAAAUUCCUACAAACCAAGGCAGAAACCGCACGAGAAAGCAAACAGAAUCCAAUGAUACAAAGAAAUAGUUCAUUUGCUUCAUCACAUGAAGUGUGGAAGUAUAUCUGCGAAUUGGGGAUCAGUAAGGUGGAGCUGUCCAUGGAGGACAUAGAGACCAUCUUGAAUACACUCAUUUAUGAUGGGAAAGUAGAGAUGACGAUCAUUGCUGCCAAAGAAGGCACUGUUGGCAGUGUGGACGGACACAUGAAACUCUACCGGGCGGUCAGUCCCAUCAUCCCGCCCACAGGCUUGGUCCGGGCCCCCUGCGGACUCUGCCCAGUUUUUGAUGACUGCCAUGAAGGUGGUGAGAUUUCACCAUCUAACUGUAUUUACAUGACAGAGUGGCUCGAAUUUUAAUAGAGAGCUAUGAACUUUGCUGAUGUUUUGCAAAUGAAGUUACUUCGGGUGCAAAUAAUUUAACUCAUGAUGGAACAUCACACUCCCUUGAAAGCAUUCAAGGUACAGACUUGCUGCUACAGAAAAAUAUAUUUUUUAAUCUAUGAAGACUAAAUUUAUAUUGAUAGUGUAGUCAGCAGGGUAUGAAACAGAUAAUAAGGUUAGUGGAGAAAUCCAUUCUUCAGUAAGUAAAAUACUUAGAACCUCUGGAAGACCACCUGUUGGAACUUUCGAGAUUUCUGAUGAUUCACGGGAAAAGAAGCCAGCAAGUCAGUAUUCACCAAGGACUGUGAUAACGGCUGGAAAUUUAAAAUGCCUGUUUUUUUUUUUUUUUUUUUUUAAAUGCCUGUUUUAAAGGUAUUUAUCAAGGUCUUCAUUGGGAAUUUUUUACAUAUGGCUCAGUGUCACCAUUUCUGUUUUCUCCAUGGUUUCAUUGAGAAGAAACGAAAAGUGGGGAAGGCAGGAAUAGCAGGGGAGGACGCAGACUUGGAGCAUGAGAUGGGAGACAGUAGAGCAUCCCUUUCCACACACUACUGAUGCCUUUUUAUGUCAGAAAUAUUCUUUCCAAGGAUUACAUUGGUGUACUUACCUCAAACCCAAACGGUGACUGUUGUCAAGGACAUGUUUUCAGUGCAUAAAUUCAUUCAUUUGUUCAUUCAUUCAUUGUUCUCAUCCUAAAGGGAAUAUCUUCCCUGGCUCUUUGUUGUUAAAGUCUGUGGCUCAGUUGUAUUAUUUGCUAGAAUUUUCCCCUAGAUUCUUAUUUAACUAAAAUUAAAACUAAAAAUAAUCCAU